AGAUCGCAAAGUCCGGGAUUGUCUACAGUUCAUGCAUUGGACUGUUCAUGAGGUCCUGAAGGUCGUGCAAACUAUCUAUAGCAUGAAUCGCAGAAUUUUCUAACGCAGUAUAGCGUUCACCGUUGUUGUGGGACCCGAAUAAUAUCUUUGGGCCUUCAUGGUCCGGUCCCAUAACUCCUCCGAACUUUCCCGCUCUUCGGACCGACACCUGAAUCCUUCUUAACGAACUUUCACAGCCGCCGCCGUUAGCUCAUGUGGCAUCUUCUCCGGGAGCUCCCCUGAUAUCGAAAUGCCGUAAAUGGUCGGCAGCUCGGCGACUGGUCAUUGAACGCUGAUCGGAGCCCGUCAAGAAUAUGCUGACUAGUCCCAUCGCCUUUCUUCUUCUUCUCCGUACCCCCAGACAUCUACUUCGCUCACUCUCCACCUCGCCUUCCCUCCCCCUGAAAGCCCUAUGCUCCGGCGGCUGCAUGAGCGAGGCCCUGCUGGAAAUGGCAGGGCGGGGCAUCGGAAUGAAGUUCGAGGACUACCAGGCGAUCUUGAAAGCGUGCGUCGACAAGAGGGCCGUCCGAGAAGGCCAGAGGGUGCACUCCCACAUGAUCAAGACGUGUUAUGCCCCUCCCGUCUACCUCCGGACGAAGCUCAUCGUUCUGUACACGAAGUGUGGUUGCUUGGACGAUGCUAGGGAAGUGUUCGACGAAAUCCCUCUGCGAAAUGUGGUGCCUUGGACGGCUAUGAUUUCGGGCUACUCUCAGCGCGGAUGUGCCUCCGAGGCUUUGGGUCUCUUUGUGGACAUGACGAGAUCAGAGAUAGAACCAAACGAGUUCACGUUUGCAACUGUUCUCACUUCUUGCACGGGCUUCUCUGGUUUUCAGCUGGGAAGGCAGGUCCACUCUCUUGUAGUCAAGAGUGGCUUUGAAUCCCAUAUAUUCGUUGGGAGCUCACUCCUUGAUAUGUAUGCUAAAGCGGGUAAGAUACACGAAGCUCAUGAGAUCUUCAAGUGCCUUCCAGAAAGGGAUGUGGUCUCCUGUACUGCUAUAAUAUCAGGUUAUGCCCAGUUAGGAUUCGACGAAGAGGCACUAGAACUAUUCCGCCAAUUGCAAAGAGAAGGAAUGGACUCAAAUUAUGUCACUUACGCGAGUGUGUUAACGGCCUUAUCUGGGCUUGCUGCUCUAGAUCACGGGAAGCAAGUCCAUAAUCGCAUCCUUAGGUGCGAAGUGCCCUCCUAUGUAGUUCUUCAGAACUCUCUCAUUGAUAUGUAUUCUAAGUGCGGAAGCCUCAUUUAUUCGAGACGGGUGUUUGACAGUAUGUCAGAGAGAACUGUCAUCUCAUGGAAUGCAAUGCUCGUGGGUUACAGUAAACAUGGAAUGGGAAGACAAGUUGUCGAACUGUUUGAUUUGAUGAGGAAGGAAAACAAAGUCAAACCGGACAGUGUUACUCUUUUGGCGGUUUUAUCGGGUUGCAGUCAUGGAGGAAUGGAAGAGAGAGGGCUCGAGUUAUUUCACGAGAUGGUGAAUGGGAAAGAUCGGGUUGAGCCGGAGAUUGAGCAUUAUGGCUGUGUCGUUGAUUUACUCGCGCGUUCUGGGAGGGUGGAAGAGGCAUUUGGAUUUAUCGAGAAGAUGCCUCUUGAACCAACUGCGGCUAUUUGGGGCUCGCUCUUGGGAUCCUGUAGGGUUCAUUCAAAUGUCGAGAUCGGUGAAAUUGUGGGCCGUAAGCUUCUUGAGAUUGAGCCCGAGAAUGCUGGGAAUUACGUGAUUCUUUCCAACUUGUAUGCUUCUGCAGGGAGAUGGGAAGAAGUGAGAAAUUUAAGGGAACUAAUGAAGGAGAAGGCUGUGACAAAGGACCCAGGACGAAGCUGGGUUGAAAUCAACCAGAUGCUUCACAGUUUUUAUGCGAGCGACCGUUCUCAUCCAAGGAGGGAGGAAAUUUUCGUGAAGGUGAUGGAUUUGUCGGUAAGGUUGAAGGAAGCCGGUUACGUUCCUGACCUGAGCUGCGUUUUGUAUGACGUAGAUGAGGAACAGAAGGAGAAGAUACUAUUAGGCCACAGCGAGAAAUUGGCCUUGGCCUUUGCUUUGAUUGCUACUCCUGAGGGAGUCCCAAUCCGCCUCAUAAAGAAUCUUCGGAUAUGUGUUGAUUGCCACACCUUUGCCAAAUUCACAUCGAAGGUGUGCUCGAGAAAGAUAUCAAUGCGGGACAAGAACCGAUUUCACCAUAUGGUAGAUGGGAGCUGUUCAUGUGGAGACUAUUGGUAAUCUCCUGACGAGAUUACCAGUGAACCGGCUUUUGUUGUCUGGCAAUGCUGGCUGCGAUUUACGGAAUAUCAGAGGAAUGUCGAAAGGAUGCCAGGAACUUCUCUCUUAUUUAUCGGAGUGGGAAUGUACUUGGAUCUCCCGCGCUUUGAAUCCUCAAGCCCAUGAUCUAUGCCAAUUUGGCAAUAGAUCAAAUUUUGUUUCACAAGGUGUUCGCCGUCGCUCAGCUCGGCCGGCGCUUUGCCUAGGAGAUUCCUCGGAUGAGAGCUUACUGUUGUUUAUAUAAUAGAAGUUGUAACUUGCAAGAGCUACAACUGGAAGUGCCGGCGAUAACCUUUUAUUUCAUAUGGAUUAGUUGAAUUCAAAUAUGUGAUGGGAGCUUCAUUAGCUCGUUGUAUUUGAUUUUCGGACUCGUUUAUGGUGAUUACUCGACAGUAACCGUUCUUUCCAUUU